GUCUGUCGCCGGGUAUCGUGAAGGACCAACACCAGCGCCGACGGCACGCUUUCAACUGCCGCCACCACCCAUCUCCGCCCUGUCGCUCUCGACUUUCGGCUCGUGAGCCCGAAAGCCUUGCAGCCAUGGCGACGUCUCUCGCUGCGCAGUUGGCGCAGAUCGCCGCCAAUUCCAAGGCCACACUCAACGUCAAGGCCCAAAAGGCGGCGCACUCCAAGUCUCUAAUCUGGGAGCCCCGAGUCGCCGCGACACAGAGCUACCAGACACUCUACACGACAUGUUACACUGGGUUCGAAGAGCUGUGUCAGCUUGACUCCCGCUUUGCACACUUUCAGUCAUCAAUCUUCAGCCCGGAGAGCCAAGAUCAGGACCGAACCCAGCUCACGGCAGCCGAGAAUGAGGAGCUGGAUCGCCAAAUUGAGGCGUUUUUGCGCUUGGCUGGGAGCCGCUUGCGGCUUAUGCCGGCGAUUAAGUCCGUAGAAUGGCUUAUUCGGCGUUUUCGCAUCCACGAAGACAAUACUACUGUUCUUCUUCUGACGUUCCUCCCGUACCAUUCCAUUCCGACCUUUGCUACGCUGUUGUCCAUACUUCCUGCCAGGAUUCCCCACGAGUUCCGAUUCCUCGAUCCCUAUGUUAGAUCUCUCACACCCCCGCCGAGAUCCGUCCUUGUCCACCAGGCCAUUCAUCGCCCUGAAUUUCUUACGGCCUUCUCCGAAUAUACACUUGAGUCAUGCCGGAAGCAGUUCCAGCACCCUGCGCUCAUCACAUUCUGGGCCGGUCUUAUGACAGAGGCCGUGAAUGGGCUGCUCGACCGGACGCGAUCGGGAAGGGCAGCCGUGCAGAGUGAAAACACUCAGGCCCUGCUUCACCGGGUUGGCCCCGUGUUUGCCGAAGCUCUGACUCUAAAAAAAAUACCCAGUCUUCAAAUUGCCUCUUAUAUGGCCCUCGCGGUUUUCGUCUCCAAGGCGAACCUCGAAGACAUCGCUGUUACGGCUUUUAUGCAGCAGCUGGUACUUGGCUGGACAAAUGAUACCGUUAGGCCUGGUCUCGUUUGCCUGGCCAUCAUGGCUCAGUUCAGGUCUGCAAAACAGAUGAAUAGCAAAGUCACCAAGGCGCUCAUGAAGGUGUCGGAUAUUGGGCCUCUUUUGGUAGAAAUUGGUCAGGAUCGAAGGAUCGACAAGCUCGCCAAUGGCCUCUGUCUGGCACUCAUCGAGCGAUUCACCAAGAAAGGCGACUCGCGUGGUCUGCCGACAAUCAUGGCGAUACUGAGUAGCCAGGUUCUUAAAGAGAAGCAAAUCGCCGUCAUUUUUAAGGCGUUGGUUCUUACAGCUCUCAAGCUUGACGACAGCAACGACGAAGAUGGCCAACUGCGCCGGGAGCUCGGGUCGGCUCUCAUUGCCUUGUCUCAAACCUCAGGACAAUCUGGAGAGAUUAUUCAAUCGGUCAUACAGGACGUCGAAUUCGACAUUGAAGAGUUGGAACUGAAGCUAGACCUUUCGUUUCGCACCAGAAAGCUGCCCAAUGCCAGCCCUGAGGUUGCACAGGUCAGCGAGGGCUUGCCCAAACCCCAAAGCCCGCAAGCUCUUGAGGCAGCGGUGGACGAGUUGUCGUCACGCAAAGAGUCGCUGUCUCCGUGCCUCCUGCCUCAACCAAACGAAAUAUUCGAUGAGUUCACCCACCUCUUCUUUACGAUUGUCUCGGAGCAAGCAAAGAACAGCAAAGCCCUGGACAAAUUUGACCAGAGCGCCAAGCUUCGACGCUCAUCAGCAUUCAAAGACUGCACCUACUUCAGCUUCUUCGUCCGCAUUUGGUGCGGCCCAUACCCGGCGCUGGCGCGGAUGGCAGCCUUGAACAUGGUCAAGAACCGCCUUAAAACUACCGACGAUGGGAAGUUGGACAUGCAGGCUCUUGUACCCUACUGUGUGGCUGCACUGGGCGAUCCGUCGAAGCGAGUCCGCCAGGCAGCAGCCGAGUUGAUCACAGUCUUGACGAGUCUGUACGCCAUUCCAGUUGCAGCCAAGUCUAUGAAGACUUGGGGCGCCGGGACCUUAUAUGGCAAGGCAAAAGACGGCUCUUCCCUGGGGGCUGAUGUGACAGCAAAGAUGCUUCAUCUGCAAAUAUUACCAAGCAUAGAGGAGUGUAUCAUGGACUUCAGCCACAUCACCUCUGUCAUAACUUCUGCUAUCGAGCAAGGCAAAUACCAGACAGUGCCAGAAUCGGCUCUCGACAAGAAGGAUCAUAUGAGCCAAUCGGCAAGGUUGGCUUUAUUGGUAUUCUUCGCGGCGCAUGUCAAUCUCACGCCGCUUGUUAUGGUCAAGCAGAGACUUCUCAACACACUCAAUCAGGUCCGGGCGGUCGGAUCAACUACAAGAACCCAGCUGCUGUUGCCGACUCUGCAGUGGUGGGUCAGCCUAACGGAGGAAGACACUGCCAAGGUCUGCCGUUCGGAGCAACUAGACAGGGCUGAACUGGAUGCUCGAUUUGUCGACAUUGUCGUCUCGAACGACAACAAUGGUUUGGAAUACUUUUUCAAGGUUUUGAAAGAUCCGUCCAAACAAGAAAAGUCCGACCUUUUGCGCGCAAUAUUUGCCCGGGUGCGGAAGAUGUGGCCAGCCAUGAAAGACGAUACCAAGUUCAUGGUAGCCGAGCAGCUGCUGGGAAUUUCUCAAUCGCCCAUCUCGGAGCCCGAUUCAGUGGUGCCUGGUGAAGCUGCCGAUGUGCUCCGGGCUGUGCCGCUCACCACCAACAUCCUAUCCUUCUUCCUUGACUCGAUCCAGACUGGCACCAAGAUGAUCACGGAGCCUCCGCCAAACAAGAGACGACGCACGAGCUCGUCGGAUGGAAAUCGCGGCCUGAUCACCCAGAUGACGCCGGAGCUGAGCCAGGCGUUGCGCAAGGUGACAUUUGUCCUCCAGCUUGUCGAGAACUCAGAUCCCGUGUCUCACCCCCAGCUAUUGGACGGACUGUUCACUGCCCUGUCCGAGCUGCAACAUUUUAGGACGGUCGUUGGCUCGGAGCUUGGCUAUCUUCAAAACCUCAUAUUGAGAAGCCUUCUUGCCAUGAUGCCCGCCUACCGAGACAACAAGAGCCUCAAGAUCGACAGCUCUGGUGGCUACGGAGACUUGCUCGUUAAUUGCAUUCAGAAAUCGUCCAGCCCGGUGGUUCAGAAUGCUGCGUUAUUGUUGGUGGCCAAUCUCGCCACAACGGCACCCAAUCUGGUACUGCACAGCGUCAUGCCCAUUUUCACCUUUAUGGGCACCUCAGUGCUCCGGCAGAGCGACGACUACUCGGCUCAUGUUGUCUCCCAAACGAUCAAGGAAGUUGUGCCGCCACUGAUUGAGUCCUUGCGCCAAGGCAAGAAGAGCCCGGUUGCUGGUGCCUGCGAUAUACUUGUCAGCUUCACGACAGCGUACGAACAUAUUCCAGCGCACAGGAGACUCGGCCUCUUUGUGGCCUUGGUGGAGACCUUGGGCCCGAGAGACUUCUUGUUCGCGCUCAUUAGCAUGCUGGUCGACCGAUACGACACCAGCGACGCUCUCCUACACUUUGUAGUAGAUCUGCUGAACAGCUUCAGCACAGAGAUCCAGCUUGAGUCUUUUGUCAAGUUGUUGGAUCUUGUUGCUGAUCUCUUCAAGCCAAAACCGGGCAUCGCGUUUGUCCUGCUCGGCAUCAGUGAGGACCGAGAGGACAAAAACAUCGACAAGAUUGCUCUGCGCCAGCUGUCCGCUCUGCCUAGCUUCUUGGCCAGCAAGAAGUUGAAGGGACAGGUUGGUAAGCUCGUUGGUCGCGACGAUAUGGAGGCCUCCGAGGUUCGAGAGCUGUACUCUCUGCUACUGGAAAACCUCCUCGUUCUGGCAGACACGGUCAAGGCGAAUAAGGCACUACACGGACGGUGCGGGGCUUCUCUAUCGAACCUCCUCAACCUUCUUUCGAUCGGCGAGUUCAUCAAGUCGGUAGAGAAUCUGCUCGAUCGUCCCGACAUGGGUCUUCGCCAAAAGGUCCUCCGUGCCUUGGAAGUGCGCGUAGAGACGGAGAGCAACACGGACGCAGCUUCCAGGCAGGCCUUGUUAGCCUUCUUGCCCCAGCUCACUGCGGCGAUUCGGGAGUCGUCAGACAUUCGAUACAAGCACACUGCGGUCACUUGUGUCGACAAGAUCGCAGAAAAGUACGGCAAGAAAGAUGUCGAGGCAGUUGUCGCUGCGGCUGCCACCAUUGCCGGAGAGCAUUGCCUUGGACAGGACGAAAGACGGCUUCGGGUCAUGGCUUUGCUGUGUCUCACUUCCCUCGUCGAUGUUCUGCAGGAUGCCAUCGUCCCUGUCUUGCCUGUCGCUAUCCCGCAAGCCGUUCAAUACCUGGACAAGAGCCUGCAGAGCGAGAGCAUGGACGAGGAGCUUCACUCUGCAUGCUAUGGCUUCAUCAGCUCUUUGGCGGAGCAUCUACCGUACAUGUUGUCAACGUACACGGAUCGGGUGCUGGCGAUCUCGAACAAGUCGGCCGAGGCCGGGCUGGGCGAGGAGACCAACGAGAGCCGAACCAGCUGCCUCGGGUUCCUGGCCCGGCGGCUCGACGCAAAGGACAUUUUCACGAGCUUGGACAAGAAUUGGGAGCAAGCCAUGUCAGCAGGGUUUUCGGCAAUUCUCGAAUUUCUCUAUAUGCUGGGGGUAGCGAUCGACAAGCACCCUAAAUCCGCCAUCACCAAGCAUGCAACUCUGCUCACAAGCACGCUUCUCCGGGCAUUCGAUGUGCGCCGUCGCACUCAUGUCACGGGGGGGAGGGACGUGGCUGCGUUGCAGCAAUUAGCGAAGAUCGAGUCCGGGGUUAACGAAAAGGCUUUGAAGAUGAUUUACAAACUCAACGAUGCCGCCUUCCGGCCCAUCUUCGUACAGAUGAUCGAGUGGACGGCGACUGGGCUGCCUAAAUCUGACAAGACUGGGCGAGCGCUCCGCCAGUACAGCGUCUACGGCUUCUUGCAGAGUUUCUUCUCACAACUCAAGUCGAUCGUGACAAACUAUGCGACGUACGUGGUAGAUGACGCCGUCAAGAUCCUGGGGGCUGCCAAUGUCAGAGUUGUUGAAGAGCGAGAGUUGUGGAACCGCGUUCUUCAGACUUUGGAGACAUGCUUCGAGCAUGACCAGGACGACUUUUGGCAGGCGCCAUCACACUUUGGCGCUAUUGCACCGGUGCUGAUGCAGCAGUUCCUCCACGCGACGUCUCUAGACGUCAAUGAGAGGCUCGUGCCGGCGGUCGUUAGCCUUGCCGGGGCGGCGGAUUCCCAGGCCCAUCAAAAGGAGCUCAACUCGUCACUGAUGAAGCACCUCAAGUCGGAGCAGACGGCGGUGCGACUGGCGGCGGUCAAGUGCGAGCAGGCACUAACGGAUCGCCUGGGUGAGGAGUGGCUGUCAAUGCUGCACGAGAUGCUGCCUCGCAUCAGCGAACUACAGGAGGACGAUGACGAGGUUGUGGAGCGAGAGACACAUAGGUGGAUCGUCAAGAUCGAGGAAGUGCUGGGCGAAAGUCUCGACUCGAUGCUGCAGUAAUUGAUGGAGCGGGAGUGUUGCUAAGCGGCAUGUGAGCAAGAAGGUGGUCGCAUGUGUAAAAAAGACGGCGAGGAACAACGAUAUCGGGUAAGAUAGGACUGCACAUUCCCGGACAGAGUGGGAUGCCACAGGGGCGAGCAAGGAGCUGCCGCUCGCAAC